AGUGGCAGAUUUUUUCCGGCUGUGUAUUUUCAAAUUCUAGCACACUCGAGCUGGUUUCUCCAAAAUUACCUACCCUGUCUAAAAAGAAUACAUUGUUAAAUCUGUUCCUUUGGAUAAUAAGAACCUGUUUUUAUUUUCUGCACAAACUGCUUUUAGUGUUUUAGCCUAUUUGUGCUGGGAGCUGAUGAUGGGGCAGCUUUUGUUGGUGUCUGCUGCUUCAGCUGCUAGUACUAUUUUAUCGACAAUCAUCUAUUCAUAGAAUAUUUAUUCAGUUUUUAUUGCAAAUUGUCGACAUCCUUGUAUUUGUAUGGUCAACAAAGUUCUCGGUCGGAUGCGGUUGCAAGGUGUUACAAUAACAAAAUGAUCCAGAUUGUUUGCUGGACUAUCCUUUGUUUUUUCUGAUAUUGUUUUAAUCAGAGCUAUUAUUCACUUUAUUGUCAAAUUAAGAAAGGAAACUUUGCUUGUUUGUUUUCUAAAUGCAUCAAUGUUUUGACUUGUAUCUAAUAACUUUUCAAAGUGAAUCAUAUUCCUACAAUCAACACAUUCAGCACAAUUAUACUGUAAAACAUUUAAUUUUAAAUAAAUUGUAUUGCACUGUUUCUAAAAUGGUGUGGUUGUAAUGUUUUUUGUACAAUUCUGCAAUGUAUGUUUUAGUCAGCUUGGACUGACAUUUCCUGGAAGGCACAUGUUGCACAAAUGUGCCUUUUUCUGACUUUGCCCCUGUCUUACUGUUUUAUUAUCUCUGAUGUAUAGAGAGAUUAACAGCUCUGGCAGGAAAUGAAGCAUUUCUGUUAAAGUGACAAACUGAAGACAGUGUGUCAGAGCUAAAGCCAAGAAAGCCUUAUUUUAAAAUUAUUUAAAAUGUCUGCAGUUGAAAAUUUGAGAAAGGUUAUCAACGAGCGACUGAAUGCUGCUGUGGAGGAAAUAUUAGGAGUUUGUGAGCACACUAUAGUUGCGUACGAGGAGAAGAUCGUCCGUCAACGCAGAUUGCUGGAUUUCCUUUUGAAGCCUGACAUAAAGCUACACAGGAUAGAGCUCAAACAGCAACUUGUCUGUAAGCAGGAGGAGAAUGAAGUGCUUCUUGAUCAGCAUCUCUGUAUUGAGAAGAGGAACUCCAUUUUGGAUCAAGAGCCUGCAAAGAUUAAAGAAGAACAGGAGGAACUGUGCACCAUGGAGGGAGAGCAGCUCGUACUGAAGCAGGAGAAUGCAGCAGAGGAACAUCCCAUUGACAAAAUUCGUAUUGUGUGGGUGAGAUCUGAAUCUGACAGGAAUAACUCUGUUGUAUCAGAGCAGAGAAGUGACAAACAGCUCCUCCCCAACACCUCUCAAGUAACAGAUAAUCAAGACCACAGAAGAAAAGACCAUGGAAACGAAACACAAAAAACAAAUACAACACCAAAACCUAAGCAGCAGAAAGGUGCAUCCAUUACAAAAAUGGCAAAUAGUUGCGGAAACACAUUGUCAACUACAAAUUCUGAGCCAAAACCAAAGAAGAAACAUAAUGCAGAGAAAGCAUCAAGUACAUGUUCUGAGCCAAAACCAAAGAAGAAACAUAAUGCAGAGAAAGCAUCAAGUACAUGUUCUGAGCCAAAACCAAAGAAGAAACAUAAUGCAGAGAAAGCAUCAAGUACAUGUUCUGAGCCAAAACCAAAGAAGAAACCUGAUGCAGGGAAAGCAUCAAGUACAUGUUCUGAGUCUAAACCAAAGAAGAAACCUGAUGGAGAGAAAGCAUCAAGUACACAUUAUGAGCCAAAACCAAAGCAGAAACCUGAUGCAGGGAAAGCAUCAAGUACAUGUUAUGAGCCAAAACCAAAGAAUAGAAAUAAUGAAGAGAAAGCACCACAUUCUGAGCCAAAACCAAAGAAAACAAAUAAACAUAGUGAUGGAAGAUCACCUGCAAUUAUUGAGCCAAAGCCAACAAAUAAAUGUAACAAGGUCCAUCCCACAUUGACCACAAAUCAUGCCCCAACAACUCAAGAUAAACAUUACAAAGGGAACACAACAUCAGCAGACACUACUGAGCUAAAUCCCCAGAACAAACCUUGCAAGUGCGACGAAUGCGGCAAAGCAUUUUCUCAUUUCCGUGACUUAAAAGUUCACAUGAGAAUUCACACGGGGGAAAGGCCUUUUGAAUGCAGCUACUGUGCAAGGAAGUUCGUCCAGAGUUCUGCUUUGAGACGACAUGUAAAAACUCACACUGGAGAAAAGCCCUUCCAAUGCAAAUCAUGUGGGAGAAAGUUUGCCCAGAUGUCUUCGGUAACCAAGCACAUGAGAACUCACACAGGGGAGAAGCCCUUUCUUUGCAUCACCUGUGGAAGAGGAUUCAGCUGCAAAGUCAAUAUGCAGAAGCACAUGAGGAUUCACACAGGUGAGAAGCCCUACACCUGCAGCGCCUGCUGGAAGGACUUUGCAGACUACUCAUCGCUGAAAUGUCACACUCGACUGCACACAGGGGAGAAGCCUUAUCAAUGCCCUCAAUGUAAGAAAAGAUUCACAGUCAGCACAACUUUGAAAAAGCACAUAAGAACCCACACAGGUGAAAGGCCAUAUAAGUGCAACACUUGUGGAAACAGUUAUUUUCAAAGAAUACACUUGAAAUUACACCUCAGGGUUCACACAGGUGAGAACCCGGACAAAUGCAGCGUCUGUGGAAAACAGUGCAGAAGCGGAGCAAAGCUGAAAAUUCACAUGAGGAUUCAUACUGAUGACGCUCCGAGCAGCAGUUCUGUAAAGUUGUAAAUGCAUAUCAUGAAAAUAGUCGUCAUUAUGUAACAAAAGCGCUUUUUUUAGAUCUUAUAAAAAGUAUUCUCCUCAUGGCCUUAAAGAAAAUUGGCCCUUGAAAUAGUGUUGGAGCUGUUUGAGUUCACAGGCCCCUGAACCACACAUAUGUGAUAUUGACAAGGAGUGAAUGGGAAAUGUGUGAAAUGGAUAAAAAAUGUUUUGGCCUAGAAUCAGCUGCUCCCCUAAGUAUUACAGGAUUUUAAUAACCCUCUAUGAUCAACAGAUUACUCAAAAUGCCUCUGUAGCUGUAGAAAACAACUCAUGGUCCCAUUCUGCCAUCAUGUGGUCCUUUAUAUAUUUGCAACAUUUCAUUUACAUAUAUAUUUUUAUUUGCUUUCCGGGGAUAUUCGGUGUGGUGGGUUGUGUGUUAUUUGCAAAUUGCUUGUAGAUUUGUAUGCUGUCAAUAUCCGCUUGUAUUGCUAUCCCUCUGCAACAUUUCCAUUGGUAUCUAUGUUUUUUUUUUAGUGACUACUCUUUUU